AUGUCGAUACCUAAUGAAGCUGGGAUUCUGCGUGCAGGAGUUGAUCAAAAUACCGAUGCUUUAAAAGGAUUGGAUGCAUCUUUUUUGAAGGAAAAUCCAGACUUUGUCGAUGCUUACAGACAAAUUAGAUGGGAUGACAUUAAUACUUUGAACAAAUUGAUAGCAAUGACUGAACAACUAGUGGUCAAAUACAAGGAUCCAAAUGAUACUAUCAAGCAGUCUAUUGAGAUAAUAUUUUAUCAGAUUUUACAAAGAUACCCACUAUUUUUCGGAUACUGGAAGAAAUUCACUGCUAUAGAAUAUCAAUUGUACGGAUUAGAAAAGUCCAUAGCAACCCUAGCAAAAUCUGUAGAAGCAUUCCCAACAAGUUUAGAAUUAUGGUGUGAUUAUUUGAAUGUACUUUUAACAAAUAAUCCCGAUGAAGUGGAUCUAAUACGAUCGAACUUUCUCGUAGCUAGAACUUUAGUAGGAUAUCAUUUUUUGUCUCAUCCAUUUUGGGAUAAAUAUAUAGAGUUUGAAUCCAAACAGGAACAAUGGGACAAGGUUAAUGAAAUAUACCAAGAACUAAUUACAAUACCAUUACAUCAAUAUGCCAAGUAUUGUACAGCAUAUAAGAAUUUUCUUCAUGGACCUAAUGCUACAAAUGCAUUCAAAGAUCCUCAAUUAGAAGUUAAAUUCAAGAAAACAUACGAUCUUGUUAAUAAACUGUGGGUUUAUGAGUCAAGAAUAAGACAAAAUUUCUUUAAUUUAACUCCUCUAUCGGCUGAAGAAAUUCAAAAUUGGGAACAAUAUCUAAAUUUUAUUAUCGAAAACCAAUCCAUUUUAGGUCUGAAAACAGAAUUAAUAAAAUAUAUUUUUGAAAGAUGUUUAAUACCCUGCUUAUAUAUUGAAAAGUUUUGGUUGCUUUACACUCAAUGGAUGAAAACGCAAGUUAAUAUGAAAGAGGAAAAAGAAAACGAAUCAUUUUUUACUUUACAAGAUGUAAUUUACUUAUAUCAACGAGGUGCAAAGAUGUUACCAGUGCAGUUAAAAGAAUAUCGUAUUGAUUACAUUGUUUAUUUGAAAACCAUAUAUAGGAAGGAAAAGGAAUAUGUGUUCGUUAUCUUUACGGAAGCAAUUUUUGAACUAAUACAAAUGUGGCCACAUGAACCAAGGCUCAUGACUGAAUAUUUAAUACUAUUGAAAAGACAUGAUUUUCCUUCUAGUAUUGAACAGACGUCUCAAGAAAUAUUGGGUCAACAGACAUCGUUUGCCUCAUUUUUAGAUUCAACCAUAAAAAAUUUCUUGAGUAAUAAACCUAAGAAGGAAAAUCCAAUAGAUGACAUGAUAAACCAGAGUAACUUUUCAAUUGUAGUGGUAGAGCUAAUUAAAGUAAUCUGGUUAGUCUUAAAAAAUAUAAUCCAGACGAGGAAGUAUUUCAAUUAUUUUAGUAAAUUGCCAGCUUUAAAAUCAUCAACAACAUUCUGGUCAACAUAUUAUAAAUUUGAAAAAUCAACAAAAAAUUUUGCUAAAUUAAACAAGUUUAUUACAAAUUUAGGAAAAGAAAUUACUUUACCAACGGCAACGAUAAAUGAUAUCUUAACUGACUAUCAAUCUUUUUAUUUGAUAAAUUCGAACUUGAACGAUUACCAAACAUCAGAUACGAGUGCGAAUUCUAAUGAUAUCACAAUCGAUCCACUACUUCAAUCUCAAUUCAAAAUCAAUGACCCUCAAUGGAUACCUGAAAAACACCAUACCACGCUGCGAUCAGAAUGGUACAAGACUAAGCAAUAUAGGGAAAAUGGGCACGUCGGUAUCAUCUUUGACAGGCCAUACAUUGUAAAUCAAAUAUUGGACCGGGACUCGAAGUCAUUCAAAAAUGUACCACCGCCAUCACCAAUUUGCAAGAAUUUGGAAAAAAUUAAUCACAUUGGUAAGUCUAAAGAUAUAUUUACAGAAGAAUAUUUGAAUAAACUAUAUAAUUGA